CGUGGCUCUCUGGCGCGGUGCAUUGUGGUCUGACACCUCUUGUGUCGUCGUUGUUUUUUUGGCCCGUUUGGCUCGCACUCUGCAAAAUGGCGACAUCCCUAGGAUCCAACACCUACAAUAGACAGAACUGGGAAGACGCGGAUUUUCCAAUUCUGUGUCAGACAUGUUUAGGAGAAAACCCUUACAUCCGUAUGACUAAGGAGAAGUAUGGGAAAGAAUGCAAGAUUUGUGCUCGACCAUUUACUGUGUUCCGAUGGUGUCCAGGGACACGAAUGCGUUUCAAGAAGACGGAGGUCUGUCAGACCUGCAGUAAAAUGAAGAAUGUUUGUCAGACAUGUCUGCUGGACCUUGAAUAUGGUUUGCCUAUCCAGGUCAGAGACACUGGGCUGUCGGUUAAAGAUGAGGUUCCUAAGUCAGAUGUGAACAAAGAGUACUACACACAGAACAUGGAGAGAGAGAUAGCCAAUUCUGAUGGCACACGGCCGGUGGGGCAGCUAGGAAAAGCUCCCAGCUCUAGUGAUAUGUUGCUGAAACUUGCCCGGACCACUCCAUACUACAAGAGGAACCGGCCACACAUCUGCUCCUUCUGGGUGAAGGGAGAGUGUAAGAGAGGGGAGGAGUGUCCCUACAGGCACGAGAAGCCCACAGAUCCUGAUGACCCUCUGGCUGACCAGAACAUAAAGGACCGUUACUAUGGCAUCAAUGACCCAGUGGCUGACAAGCUGCUAAAACGUGCCUCAACUAUGCCCCGACUGGACCCACCAGACGACAAGUCCAUCACCACCCUGUACAUAGGGGGUUUGGGAGAUACUGUCACUGAUGGAGAUCUCAAGAGUCACUUUUACCAGUUUGGUGAGAUUCGCACCAUUACCAUAGUCCAGAGGCAGCAGUGUGCCUUCAUCCAGUUUGCCACUCGGCAGGCAGCUGAAAUGGCUGCUGAGAAGUCUUUCAACAAACUCAUCAUUAAUGGCCGGAGGCUCACUGUCAAGUGGGGAAGGUCACAGGCAGCAAGAGGGAAGGAGGGCAUCAAAGAUGGCAUCAGUGAGAUGGGCACCAGACUUGAUCCUGUCCCUGGACUGCCUGGAGCUCUUCCUCCACCACCAGCUUUAGAUGAAGAAGCACCUGCAAACUACUUUAACCUGGACCCUAGCACCUCUCCUGCCGUCAUGAACAUUGCUCUGCCCCCGCCUCCAGGCAUCAACCCGCCUCCUCCAGGUUUUGGCCCUCCAAUGUUUCACCCCAUGGGUCACAUGGCUCCCCCUAUGCCCCCUCCGAUGAGCAUGAGACCUCCUGGUCAAAUCCACUACCCCUCCCAGGAUCCUCAGCGCAUGGGUGCCCAUGCCGCACAUGGCUCACGUCAUGGUGAUUAGCUGCUAGGUUGAAGUCAUACUGCGAUUAGGUGUCAUUCUUUUCCUUAUGUCAAACCUGGUCAGGUGCAUUUACUUCAGAUGCUGUCAGUGGGCCUGAAAGCUGCAGACUACUUCUGGGAGAAAACAGUUAUGUCUUACAGGAUAAACAUCUGAUUUAUUAUGCCACCUGCAGUGAGUGAACUAAAGGAGCACCGUCUGUGUCUGGAGAGACCACAACCAGGAGAGUACAAGAUGACUUUGUCGCUACUUGCAGUUUAAAAAAAGUACCAGAAUGGCAUCAGCAGACUUCAGACAUGAGAGUACUGGCCAAUAUUAUCGGGGCCAUAUGGUUUUUACAGGCUCUUGUGGUUGGAGCCAUUGUACAUAUAAAAAUGUGUACCGUCAGUUAAACUUGAAUUUGUCACAUCGUGCAACAUGGGGUAGAAUUCUGAGGAGCAUUUUUAAACAUGUUAAUUUUGAGUUUUUUUUAAAAGUUUUUUUAUUUGACACAAUCUUAAUAUUCCACAGCAUAAUGACUUUGUUUAUUGUAAGGCUUUCUUUGAAUGUUAUUUUCACUUGUCAUUAAAUUGACCCAAUUUUGUCAUU